CCAUUUGCAGGACUUCUUCUUCCAGCAAACAAUGUUGCGCAUCAAAGACCCAAAAUUGUCUUUAAAGUUCUACACAGAAGUUCUGGGCAUGCGCCUUCUUUCUAAACUGGAUUUUCCUGAAAUGAAAUUUUCACUUUAUUUCAUGGGCUUUGAGAAAGAGGAAGACAUCCCUAAAGAUCCUGAGGAGAGGAAAAAAUGGACAUUCAAUCAAAAGGCAACCCUAGAACUAACUCACAACUGGGGAACCGAGUCAGAUCCCAACUUCACAGGUUACCAUAAUGGCAAUUCUGAACCGCGUGGAUUUGGCCACAUUGGCAUCAGAGUUCCUGAUGUUGAUGCUGCAUCAGAACGCUUUGAAUCACUCCAUGUAAAGUUCAUCAAGAAGCCUAAUGAUGGGAAAAUGAAGGGUCUAGCUUUCAUCCAAGAUCCAGAUGGUUACUGGAUUGAGAUUCUCAAUUACGAUAAGUCCAAAUUUUGAUAGACCAGGUAUUUAUGCAUCAAAUAUAUUCAAUUGGCUUCAAAUAGUAUUGUAACAACUUGAGUCGUGUUGAACGUUGUGUUUAUGAAACCUUUAUCAUUUGCUUUAUGUGCUUUAAAUGCUUGAAUAUUCGCCUCAAAUAUGAAUUCGUCUGAAUUAAAUAAUAAUAUAUGUUUAAAAAUUGCUUUUUAAAGACAACACUU